CUGAUUGGUCUGGAAAUAGGCCUCCUUUGCCAAGCCCACGACACAAGCAGGUAUAUAUGCAAUUUACAUGCAAGAGGCAGAAGAGGAUGCAAAAGGAGGUUUGGGAUCAGUCCACGCAGUGUUUCCCUGUCUUCCACCUGAGUCUGAAACAUUUCACAUUUCACUGAUGAAGACCCAGCAACCUCUUCAUGUGGCCACUCCAGUGAGGCAGAGCCUCGCCCUCACCAAAGUGGCCGGCACCUCUGUCCACCUCAAGCUGGAUUCAUCUCAACCGACGGGAUCCUUUAAGAUCAGGGGCAUCGGCCACCUCUGCAAAACGUGGGCAGAGCGAGGAUGUGAGAGAUUUGUCUGCUGUUCAGGAGGGAAUGCCGGUAUGGCGGCAGCUUAUUCGGCCCGUCAGCUCAGGGUGCCCGCAACCAUCGUAGUGCCAAGUGUCACGCCAAACCUGACAGUGGAGAGGCUGAAGGACGAGGGGGCGACUGUGAUCAUUCAUGGAACGGCUCUAAAUGAAAGCAUUGAGUACGGACAGCAGCUUGUGGCCAACAACCCCGGCUGGAUAUUCGUCUCUCCCUUCGAUGAUCCCCUCAUCUGGGAAGGCCACACGUCUCUAGUGAAGGAGCUGGAGACUGAUCUGAGCGAGAAGCCGGGAGUGAUAGUGCUGUCGGUGGGAGGCGGAGGCCUGCUGAACGGAGUGGUGGAGGGACUGCGCCGUGCCGGCUGGGCUGACGUGCCCAUCGUAGCCAUGGAAACCAUGGGAGCACACAGCCUCAAUGCAGCGAUGAAGGCUGGAGAGCUCGUCACGUUACCCGCAAUCACUAGCGUUGCAACCACGCUGGGCCUGACGAGGGUCUCGGCACAGACGAUGAAGCUGGUGAACGAGCAUGCGGUUUUCUCUGAAGUCGUCACAGACCAGGAGGCCGUCAAAGCCGUCGAACGCUUCGUGGAUGACGAGAAGGUGCUGGUGGAGCCCGCCUGCGGCGCUGCUCUGGCAGCUGUGUACAGUGGCAUUAUCAAAAGGCUGCGGGACGAGGGCAAGCUGGCAGAGCGCCUGGGCCCGGUGGUCGUCGUGGUGUGCGGUGGCAACAACAUCAGCAUGGAGCAGCUGAGGAGGCUGAAAAAACAGCUGGGCAUCAUCUAGCGUGGCCGACUACCUUGGGCCUUCAUGACCUUUUCCUCUGGCUUUCCGUCAGCUGGUUACUAAUCCCUAAACCGUAUUAUUCAAUGUGCUCCACAGACAGAAUCAUUCCAGGCUGAAAUGCUCCUGAGCACAGAGACAGAAAAAGAUGAGAGUGAGCAGUGUGUAUAAAUUAACAAGAGAGAUCCUGUGUGAAAACAGGGGUUACUGACACAUUUAUGUUAUAUUGACUUUUGUAUUUAGUAUGCUUCCUUUGUAAAAUUGUUUCUAUGUUGCUCUCCUGCUUUUAUACUUUGUGAUGUUGUUUAGAAAUAAACUGUUUCUCAAUCACA